GCUGACAGCCUUAUAAAUAGUCGCCUUUGCGGGCGGCCGGCGAGGACGGGCAGGGCACCACUGGCCCCGGCGCCCGCCGCACCCCUCCCCCAGAGCGCUGACUCGGCUCCCCAGACCUCAGCAGGAUGGAAGAGAAGCUGAAGAAAACCAAGAUCAUCUUUGUGGUGGGAGGGCCCGGCUCGGGGAAGGGCACCCAGUGUGAGAAGAUUGUCCAGAAGUACGGCUACACCCACCUCUCCACCGGGGACCUCCUGCGGGCCGAGGUCAGCUCGGGCUCGGCCAGGGGCAAGAUGCUGUCGGAAAUCAUGGAGAAGGGGCAGCUGGUGCCACUGGAGACAGUGUUGGACAUGCUCCGAGAUGCCAUGGUGGCCAAGGUAGAUACUUCCAAAGGCUUCCUGAUCGAUGGCUACCCUCGGGAAGUACAGCAGGGAGAGGAGUUUGAGCGGAAGAUCGGACAGCCCACGCUGCUGCUGUAUGUGGACGCAGGCCCUGAGACCAUGACCCAGCGGCUCCUGAAGCGCGGAGAGACCAGCGGGCGUGUGGAUGACAAUGAGGAGACCAUCAAGAAGCGACUAGAGACCUACUACAAGGCCACGGAACCUGUCAUCGCCUUUUAUGAGAAACGUGGCAUCGUACGCAAGGUCAAUGCCGAAGGCUCCGUGGACAAUGUCUUCUCCCAAGUCUGCACCCACCUGGAUGCCCUCAAGUAGCAGCACUGGAGCCCCUUCCCCUGCUGCCCGCCGCCCCCCCACCCCCACCCCGUGCUGACCUGAGGCUGUCCUGGCCUGAGCUCAACGCCUCCACCCUGCCCGGCUGGAGCACAGACAGAGGAAGCCACUUUAUCCUGUUUUCAUGGACAGCCAAGCACUAAAGGAAUUUCCAAGGACAUUCGGUUUUAUUCCUUUUUCUUUGCUUUCACUGGAGUUGAUCCACGUGAUGUGGCCUCCAGCAGCCCCUCACCCUCCCAGUCCUCCUCAAGCCCCUCCCCCCGCCUCUGCCAGCUGCCCUCCCCUAGUACCAGGGGAAGGAAGACCCAGGGCCCUUCCUCACCCAGGGCAUGCUGGGUCUGGGGGUCCUGGGUGACUGAGGCAGGAUCCUUGCUCUCAGGGACUUGUGGUCAGGCAGAGCUGGGCCUUGGACUGCGUUCCUCUGAACCCUUGCUGUGCGGCCUUGGCCCUGACCCCUCAUGUCUCUGAGCAUGUUUUCUAUGCUGAACCCCACUGGGGCCUGUGUGCAGUAGGCAGUGAGGUUAUAGGCUGUGGGGGGCUUCCUGGGCAGUGGGGGUGGCACAUGUCAGCUGGCUGGGGGGGCAGUAAUUGGCCUCCUGCGUGUAAGAAGUUCUGAGCGUCCGGAAAGGGCAUCGAGAUGGAAGGGUCCGCGGCACCUCCCUGAGGAGGCGAGACACGGAGGGCCUCCCACCGGUGCCUCCCCGGACGGGUCACAGCCUGCCCUUUCUGAGCCCGUUUCCAAAUCUGAGUUAGGGUCCGUGCCCCCUGCACCCCUCCCCUCCCAAGGGUAGGACGAGAACACGCUGAACGGGGGUGUGGGAGAGAGUCACCGGGGCCUGCGGGAGCCGAGACCAGAGCGGCCUUGGGGAUGGUGCAGGGCUGGGGUGCUUCGGGGACGCCCCAGAAAUCCCUGGGGGAGAAGCACCUUCCCUUUUCUGUUCUUUCACUCUGUGACCUCCUCACCGAGGAAGGCUCAACUUGGUGCUCACGUGUCCUUAACACCUGUCCUCGUCCCCGCCGACUCCCUUUAGAGCCAAGAGAACCUUCAGCGGGCCACACCUGGCUGGACCGAAACGCGACGUGGGGCUGACUGGGCCCAAGGUGUGUCCCCUUUUAUUUAUGGCAAGCGUGGCUGGUCUCCCUUCUGCAUUAGUUAUUUAAACUUUCCUUCAAAAUAAACAUAUUUAAGUUA